AACCUGCAAGCAGAAGCCCCCGGCCCUUUAAGGUGGAGCGAGGCCCGCCUUUAAACGGAGCCGGCGGCGUGCUGUUUCUUACCCAACAGCACGGGGGGUGGGGGCGCGUCUGGCAGCCGGAACCGGCGCUUCCCGGCCUGCUGCGAGUCUCCGGGUGGAGGGAGCUGCCCCGGGCCUGGUGCAGCUCUCUGGGCCCGUGAAGCCGCUCCGGCUCCCCCGCCCCCUGGCCUGGCUGUGACUGCUCGGGGAACCUAACAUGGGCCUGGGGAGGUGAGGCUCACCCGCAUCCCUGCUUUUCCCCCGGGAGACGAUGCUCCCGUUGGGCUCCCCGGCUCCUGCCUUGUGACCCCGGAGCCCAGCGCCGCCGGAGGGCAACCAUGGGGGUGUUGAGGCCGUGGAGCGCUUCUCUCCUCCUGGCCCUGCUGUUCCCCCUGGCGCUACCUUUGGAAGGCGGAAGGGAGGCGCUAGAUUCAGAGGCGCCGACCGCCUUCGCCGCCUCCGGAGCCUCUUCCCUGCCGCUGAUCCAAAUGCUCCUGAGCCAGGCGCCCCCCAGAUCCUGGCUCCUCAGUCGGAGCCGGAGGCGAGUCAACGGGCAGCCCCUGCGCUACAUGCGGAACCUCUACCGGAGCGUGGCGGACCGGCAUGGCCGCCCCCGCAGGGACGGGCGCCUCUCCAGCAACACGAUCCGCCUGGUCCGACCGUCGGCCAAGGCCCGCCAGACGGAGGCAGCAGACCCCUGGUUCAUCUGGGCCCUUGAGUACCGCCUGGAAGUGCAAGCGCCAGCCCAGCACCUGAUCAGAGCUGUUGCUGUCUACGUUCAACGUCCAUCCUCACCUCGCGGCCCCCUCUGGUGCACAGUCAGCCCGCUCCCUGGUGGAAGCGCCCUGCCGCAGGUGGCAGUCAGCCCGACUCUGCUGAAGAAUGCCACCGCCACGUUGGCUGCAGACAGCUGGGUGGAGCUGGACCUCUCCUGGCAGCUCCAGCCAUGGUCCUGGGCUGCCCAGAAUAGCCACCUGCUCCGCCUGCAUCAUGCCUGCUCCUUCCUGGAGCGGGCCUGGAGCUCUCCCCGUGGGCCUGGUGGGGGGCACCCCCCCUCCCUGGAGGAUCCCUUCUUGCUGCUUUACCUCAAGGACACUUGGAGACCCUUCAGGGCUUCUGUGGGUGGGGAGCUCCCCCAGAGCUCUGCCCGUAUCCGCAGGGUGCGCCGGGCUGAGAAACUGAACCUGGACCUGCCCCGCUAUGGCCGCCGCCGCCACCCCAGGGCCAGGCCGAAUGAGUGCGCCCUCCACCCCCUCCGUGUGACCUUUCGCCAGCUGGGCUGGGACCACUGGAUCAUCGCCCCCCACUCGUACCGGCCUCAGUACUGCAAGGGAACCUGCCCGCGGGUCCUGCGCUACGGCUACAACUCUCCCAACCAUGCCAUCGUCCAGAACCUGAUCAACGAGUUUGUGGACCCAAACAUGCCUCGCCCUUCCUGCGUUCCCCACGAGUACAACUCCAUGGGCGUCCUCAUGAUUGAGCAGAAUAACAAUAUCCUGUUCAAGGUGUAUGAGGACAUGAUCGCCAAGUCCUGCACCUGCCGAUGAGCAGCCUCGUCUCUGGCAAUGAGCUCUGUGGGCUGCCUCCUUCCCUGGGCCUCAGUUCGCUCCCACCCACUGCCUCACAGAGAGAAUCCAGAUUUUAAGGCAUUUGGCAACUUUUCACUUGGAUCCAAGACCCUCCUUUCCCAGGGUCACAGAGGACUAGCACCUUGGUUGGGCUGUUUUAUGAAAGGAUUUUUAUGCACAGAUUGGCAAAUUCUCCUCCUUUUUACCAGAAAAAGUAUGCAGGUACUCCUGGAAUGAUUUCACCCUGCCAGAACGUGAUAGGGAACAGUUGAAGGAAGUAUAGCUGGCAUGGCCACGCUGAGGCAGGAAGGGCCCCUCCGGUUCCCCUCACCAGCGCUUGUCUCACGGCCUGCCUGCGCAUCUUGAUGCUGGGGGUCACUGCCCCUUUUGGCCCAGCAGGGUGGCUGUGUCCUGCAGUCCAGCCUGCAAAAAAUGGAUGUGCAGGAGCAGCAGCCACAGGUUUCUCCCUUCCAUCCAGAGGCCCUCUUCCCCCCCCCCCCCGCCAGUGUCCCCUCCCCCAGCAAGAGCUGUGUGGUCUCUGGAUUACUCAAAACCCGCUUUUCUGUUCCUGCUGCUUGAGGGGCGCUGCUCUAUGGCCAGUGCUUUGCUCUGCUGCUACUACCUCCCAUUCUGCAAAUAAAGGCACCCUCACACCCAUCUGCAACCCUGGGAGAUGUCAAGCACUGAAUUCUUUGGGGAGGGGAGAGCCCCCUGGAGGUGCUCUGCUUCCUGAGAAGGCUGUUCUGGAAGCAAAGGAGAGGGAGCUUGUCUUUUAAACCAAGGGAGAAGAGUGUUUAGGAGUGGUUGGGGGCUUAUGCAUCCUGCCCUGCCCAGGAGAGAUGGCUGGUGGGGGCUUAGUUGGCUGGGCCUUCCCUGGGAGCUGUCCCCUCGUGUCCUAGGCUUGGUGGAGUCUUGGGCGGGAGGGAGCUCCUGACUUGGUUUUGACCUUGUCAUGCACUGGACAAUGGAGCAGGCCUCCCCCUCCCCUGGCCCUCCCUGUGCUUCUGCGGCCUGUCCAUGGUUGUCUUUCUCUUCACCCUUAUUUGUUUGCACCUGUUGCCUACCUGGCCUGAAAAAACUGCCAUAACUUGGGAAAACUUUCUAUUUAUUAAAUGGUGUAUUUAAUGAAAUUAUGCAAUAAAUCUAGUUUCUGUUUUGCUAAA